GCUACAAGGGCGCGUCGUUUGGAAACAGCUGUGCGUUAUAUGAUUACUCAGGGACAUGUCGGGGCAAGUACUGCUACUGAAGUUAAAAACUACCUCUACAAACGUUAAAUGUAUUUAAACGCAUUUAGUUGUAUAUAAACAGACACAAUUAACACGGUACUAAUAGUUGUUUUCGCUAAACGUCGCCACUAUGCUCGCUCUUCAGCGUGUGUUCGUUGUAGGAGGCAUCUUUUCACAGUCACCGCAAUGUGCCUCCCACUUUGUGAGACACUUCUCUGUUUGUCCUGUUUUGAGAUCUCCAAAGAGACACAGCCCAUACAGCUCUGUGGACACAGAACGCUACUCUUCUCUAGUAAAGUCUGUCAUGUCCUCCAGGGUCAGCUCCCAAACCCCCACGACCCUCCAGGAGGAAGAUGAGCAUAUUUAUGGACCCAUUGUCAAGGCUCAGACAACCACAAGAUCCGAGGUGAGGGAACCAAAAAUCACACAUCCCUUCUUAAGCUCUGAUUGGACUUUAGGGACAGAAGAGCCCGAAUCAGGACCUCCGACCCGGGUUGUGUUAAACCGGGGCAAAUUUUUGGCACCGAGUGUGACACGAAUUCUACAGCAGACACUGUCCCAGGAGCAGACCUUUUACCUGGAGAGAUGGAAAAGGAGAAUGAUCGCUGAGCUUGGAGAGGAAGGCUUCAAGGAGUACAGUCAGAAUUUAUUUAGGCAGGGGAAGCUUUUUCACUCAGCUUUGGAGGAUGUUCUAACAUUAGGUGUAACAUGGAAGGACAGAAAUCCUUCAGAGACCUCAGAGUAUGCACCUGAAGUUCAAGGAUACAUGAAGAGCAUCUCUCACAUCCUGGAGGAUGUCAGCGCAGUGAGAGCCAUUGAGAGCACUGUGCAUCAUGACACACUGAACUAUCUGGGAAUCGUGGACUGUGUGGCACGUUAUAGGGGUGUUUUGUGUGUUAUUGACUGGAAGACAUCAGAUAAACCCAAACCAUCUCUGAGCAACACAUAUGACAACCCUCUUCAAGUGGCAGCCUACGCUGGGGCACUGAACGUUGAUGGCAACUACAAAUACCAGGUUGAAAAUGGGCUUAUUGUGGUGGCCUACAAGGAUGGCUCACCUGCUCACGCCCAUCAGCUGCACUCAGAGUUGAUGCUGGAGUACUGGAAAAUGUGGCUGAUGCGCCUUGAAAAGUUCAGAGAACAGAGAUCCAGUCACACUUCAAAUAUGAUCUGAGAAAUGAGACAAGAUGUGGACCAACUGAUCCUGGACCGAAAAUAUCCCAUUUUGAUUCCAUCAAAUUAUCUUAUCACUUCUUUUCUAUAAAUGCAAUACGUUUGCGCUUGUGAAAGCAUCUUAUCAUUACUGUCAGCAUUUAAUCACUAUUUCUCAUAGUUGAAGUGAAACCAGGUCCCCUUGUAUGAAGGGUCUUCAGUAAAUCCUAGGCUCUUAAACAGGUUAUAGGACACUGUGUUCUCCUUCUCAAUAAAGCAGUACACUGGGAGGCCCUGAGCAUGGAGUCUGUUGGCCAUGGUGCUGAUCAACACUUUGGCAUAUCCUUUUCCUCUGUGCUCUGGCAGAGUGUACAACAUCCCUAUGGCACAUGAAGCAUACGUUAGCACCCACGACACAGGCUUUCCAUCUGCAUCCAGUACACAGCAGGAGGGGAAGUUUUUAAUCAUGUUCCGGAUCAUUGGAACAGCAUCGUCAUUUCCAAACUUCCAUGUCUGAUUCAUCAGUCCAAUGUGGGAUUCAUCCAGAGAGCUUAAUGAGACCACUGAGCUGAAGGACAAAGGAUAACUCUUAUUAGGACAAAUCCAGUUUGAUUAUUAUACUAACAUUAAAUUAAUCAGUUGGUGUUUUACCUGUCUGUAGUGGGAAGACCAGACACAUCAUUCAGGAUCAUCAUGUGACAGAAUGCCAGUUGGCUGCUGCAAAUGUUUUUUUCUGAUGCCACUGCUCUGAAUGUCUCACUGUGUUGGAGUUCAACACCUAUGUUGGAAGUGAUGAGAAGUGAUUAUUUUUUGUUUUUUAAUAAAGCAGAUUAGAAAAAUAGUUCAUACUUUAUUUUGUGUGUAUUCUCUCUGAAUAGCUUAUUAAUUUUUUCUGAGUGUUUGAAAUGAAUAUGAAGAUAUAUGACAACUGCAGACUGGAAAAUGUUAUUUAGUUUUUAAAACUGUGAAAGCCGUAUCUCCAUUGUCCGUUUCCGAUCACUGAGUGGUCAUGCAUUAUCUCCUUGAGAACAACUGAAAUGGAGUAUAAUGAUCAGUGUUUUAAUGAUUACAAU